AUGUCUGGCCCGUUGUUUCAGACAGAUGGGUGCGAGUGCACAUCUUGGAGACUGGCCUUUGCUGCUCAGCUGCUUGACUCCCGGCUCAUGAGUUGUGGCAACCUUAUCGUCACUAUCUCCAACAGUAAUCAGAGAGACCUGGCCCCUGGGGCGUCCCUGGCUUUGGAGGAGGACUUGCAGGGGCCACAUGCUCCAAAGGGCGAUGGCAAGGACCCGUCCUCUCCAGCGGAUGAAGAGAAAGACCCCCCAAAGAGCCUCCCUUAUUCUGUGGAGACCCCGUAUGGCUUUCAUUUGGACUUAGACUUCCUCAAAUACGUGGAUGACAUUGAGAAGGGACACACCAUCAAAAAGAUCCCGAUCCACAGGAGAGCCAAGCAUGCUAAAUUCAGUACUCUGCCCCGAAACUUCAGCCUUCCUGACGGUGGGGCGCGCACCCACGCUGCUCCUCCCCAGCAAAACUGGUCUCCUGUGGUGCGCAGGAAGAUAUCCCUGGGGACCCAGGAGCAGUCUCAGUCUCUGCAGCCAGGGAAUCUCCUCCCCCAGGCCUCAGUACAGGGCAGUGAGCUGAGCUACCAAAGGAAGGCCCUGUUGACGGAGGAUACCAGACAGGCAGAGGUUGGUGCUCAUGAGGAGGCCGGGGCGUGUAGCCGGCCCCAGCUUCUGAGAGCAUCCAGCAUGCCUGCUACGCUGCUGCAAAACCGGGUCCCCGAGGAGCCUAGCCUGACCUCGGGUCCUUCCACACUUCUUGCCCUCCCUCUGCUCCAGGAUGAAGGCGGUGUCUGUGAUGGCACCUUUGACCCUGCUUCUGAAGGGCUCACAGGUUUCCAGGCGUCAACCCAGUCACCAGACAGAGACCUGGGGGAACUGGAACCAGCAAUUCCAGAGCUGGUCUGGGAGGGGGCUGAGCCUGAACAAGUCGACAUCAGGGUUUCAAGUCACCUCUCUCAGCCAGGCUCUCCCCCCUCCUCAGUCCAGAAUGUUCCCACAGCUCUAGAGGAAGUAGAAAUUCAGCACCAAACUAGAAAAGCAGAGAUGGUAUUAACAUCCGACUCUUCCACUCCAAGCCCUCCCCCUCUGCCAUCCCCCAUCCCUGAGAGUGAGCUGUCCCUGGAGGAAAUUGAGCUCAGCAUCAGUGAGAUCCCACCUCCUCCACCCAUAGAGGUAGAUGUGCAGAGCAUUGGCAUCUGGGUAACAGAGGAAAGCCUGGGCCUGAUUGAGAGGGAUACCAGCAGUGUCUCCAGCCUGAAAAAUCAGGUCUUGGCCCUUGAAAACAAGUUGUCAGGGAGAACAGAGGAGCUUGCCCACGUAAGAGCUGCCCUCAAGCAGCAGCAAGAGGCGACCAAGGCCAGGGAACAGAGAAUUCAAGAGCUGGAGUGCACUGUAGCCCACUUAGAAGAAAGGCUUAGUCAGGAGAAGGGCGGCGAUGUUCUGGACCGGACUGAUGUCACCAUGAACACUGACCCCCUUCAGGAACUCAUCCCCAGAGAGUCAUGUGACAAGAACAUUGGGGUCAACCUGCUGAGCAUCCCAGAUCCUGAAUGCUGGGCGCCUAAAGCAGAAAAGAAUGGCUUCCCGUGGGUCCAAAACAGUCACAGACAAGGCUAUCAGAGUCCCACAGAGCUUGUGCCACCACCCCAGCUGUCACUGCCAAAGGGGCCUGAGCAGGUCCUCGCCUCCUCCUUAUGUAGCUGCCUCUCCAUGGAACUCCGGAUUGAAGAAGAGGCUGCCGAGCCUGAGAGAGGUCCGCAGGUGGGAGCUGAGGAUUGGGGCAGGGCAGCAGGAGGCUCUCCCUGGGAUAGCAGCAGCAGAGAGUCGGUGGCCUCGGUGAUCAGAGAGGAGGCCAGCUCAGAACCCCCAGGGCCAGAGCGUCCAGGAAGGCCAGCGAGUUCCCCACAAGAUGCCACAAUCGGUCAGUAUGUUAAGAAGAUCCAAGAGCUACUGCAGGAGCAGUGGACCUGCCUGGAGCAUGGCUACCCGGAGCUGGCCAGCGCCAUCAAGCAACCUGCCUCCAAACUCAGCAGCAUCCAGAACCAGCUGCUCAGCUCCCUCAAUCUGUUGCUCUCCGUCUACUCAGCCCAGGCCCCAGAGCAGAAGGAGCCCCCUGCCCCACCCUCCUCCACCCCUCCACCGCCGCAGCCUCCGCCGCAGGAGAUCUCUCCAUCGACCAGCCUUAAAUCCAUAAUGAAAAAGAAAGACUAUGGCUUCCGUGCAGGAGGUAAUGGGACCAAAAAGAACCUUCAGUUUGUUGGGGUUAACGGUGGCUAUGAGAGCACGUCUAGCGAGGACACCAGCGGUGAGGACAGCUCCCCUGAGGACUUGUCUGACAGUGAGACCGAGAAGAAACAUGAUUUCGCAGAGCCCAGAGAGGACAGAGACAUGCACCCACAUUGUGAGGCUGGCCAGCGUGUCCCUGAAGGCAGCAGUGACUCAGGCCACACAGGUGGGCCUGGGGAGGAAGUCUCUCACCUGAGGCCUGAGAGAUAUAAACCCUCAGAAGAAUUUCUUAAUGCAUGCCAGGCACUGAGCCAACACCUGCCAGAAACUGGGGCCACCACCGAGCAGCUCUUGAGGCAGAGCUUGAAUACCAUCAGUCAAGAAUGGUUCCGUGUGUCCAGCCGGAAGUUAUCUAGCCCUGCCGUGGUGGCCGCCUACCUCCUUGAGGUCCAGCCUCACUCUCCACAUCUUCUGAAGCUGCUUGUCAACUUGGCUGACCGAAGCGGGAACACAGCCCUUCACUACAGUGUGUCACACUCCAACUUUGCCAUAGCGAAGCUACUGCUGGACACAGGUGUCUGCAACGUGGACCUUCAGAACAAAGCUGGCUACACUGCCGUGAUGAUCACCCCCUUGGCUUCUGCAGAGACGAAAGAAGACAUGGCUGUUGUCUGGAUGCUCUUGCGAGCAGGGGAUGUGAACAUCCAGGCAACUCAGGGAGGCCAGACAGCACUGAUGCUAGGAGUCAGCCACGACCGGGAGGACAUGGUCCAAGCAUUACUGAGCUGCCAGGCAGAUGUCAACCUGCAGGACGAUGAUGGAUCCUCUGCACUUAUGCUGGCCUGUCACCAAGGCAACGCCGACCUGGUGCGACUGCUCCUGGCACAUCCAGCCUGCAACAGCAGCCUGACUGACAAGGCUGGCCGAACGGCUUUGUCCAUCGUUCUGAAUUCACCUGCCCACGUGGAAAUCGCAGAGCUUCUGCAGGCCCACUUGGAGCAGGGCAGGGCCCAGGGCCUGUGGGAGCUGAAGAAGAACUAGCAGCCAGGAGGAAAAGGUUCUUUUUCUGGACUG